AGCACCCGCUCCCGACCCGUCCGAUGGGCGGGGAGGUGCCGUCGCCGCGCCGCCUCACCCGCGCGCUCAGCUCCGACAGCACCUCCUACCUCCCCGACGAGGCGCUGCACCUCGUCCUGGCCCACGUCGACGCGCCGCGCGACCGCGAGGCCGCCUCGCUCGUCUGCCGCCGCUGGCACCGCAUCGACGCGCUCACCCGCAAGCACGUCACCGUCGGCUUCUGCUACGCGGCCCGCCCGUCCCGCCUCCUCGCGCGCUUCCCCACGCUCGAGUCGCUCGCCAUCAAGGGCAAGCCCCGCGCCGCCAUGUACGGCCUCAUCCCCGACGACUGGGGCGCCUACGCCGCGCCCUGGGUCGCCGCCCUCGCCGCCCCGCUCGACUGCCUCAAGGCCCUCAAGCUGCGACGCAUGGCCGUGUCAGAUGACGACGUCGCGGCCCUCGUCCGCGCGCGCGGCCACAUGCUGCAGGAGCUCAGGCUCGACAAGUGCUCCGGGUUCUCCACCGACGCGCUCCGCCUCGUCGCGCGAUCCUGCAGAUCCUUGAGAACUUUAUUUCUCGAAGAAUGCUCAAUAACUGAUAAAGGUGGUGAAUGGCUUCAUGAACUUGCUGCCAACAAUUCUCUUCUGGUGACACUGAACUUCUACAUGACUGAGCUCAAAGUGGCGCCGGCUGAUCUGGAGCUUCUAGCAAAGAACUGCAAAUCAUUACUCUCUUUGAAGAUUAGUGAGUGUGAUCUUUCAGAUCUGGUUGGUUUUUUCAAAGCAGCCAAUGCAUUGGAAGAUUUUGCUGGAGGAGCGUUCUAUGAGGUAGGAGAGCUCACAAAGUAUGAAAAGGUCAAGUUUCCACCAAGAGUAUGCUUCUUGGGGCUUACGUACAUGGGGACAAAUGAGAUGCCUGUUAUCUUCCCAUUUUCUGCUUCACUUAAGAAACUGGACUUGCAGUACACUUUUCUCACCACCGAGGAUCAUUGCCAGCUUAUCUCAAAAUGUCCGAACCUAUUUGUUCUUGAGGUGAGGAAUGUAAUAGGAGACAGAGGGCUGCAGGUUGUUGGCGAUACAUGCAAGAAGCUACGAAGACUUCGAAUUGAGCGGGGAGACGAUGAUCCUGGUCUAGAAGAAGAGCAAGGAGUUUCUCAGUUAGGUCUGACAGCUGUAGCUGUUGGUUGCCGUGAUCUGGAGUACAUAGCUGCCUAUGUAUCUGAUAUCACCAAUGGGGCUCUGGAAUCUAUUGGGACUUUCUGCCAAAAUCUCUACGACUUCCGGCUUGUCCUACUUGACAGACAAAAGCAGGUAACUGAUCUGCCACUUGACAACGGUGUUCGUGCUCUGUUAAGGAGCUGCACCAAGCUCCGGAGAUUUGCUUUCUACCUGAGACCUGGAGGGCUCUCGGACACGGGCCUUGAAUACAUCGGGCAGUACAGUGGAAAUAUCCAGUACAUGCUACUGGGCAACGUUGGUGAAUCUGAUCUUGGAUUGAUCCGGUUUGCAAUAGGGUGCACCAACCUGCGUAAGCUUGAACUGAGGAGCUGCUGCUUCAGCGAGCGAGCUCUGUCCCUCGCUGUGCUCCAGAUGCCCUCACUGAGGUACAUUUGGGUGCAAGGCUAUAAAGCCUCUGCAACAGGCCUCGAGCUCCUCCACAUGGCGAGGCCCUUCUGGAACAUCGAGUUUACGCCUCCCAGUCCGGAGAGCAUGCUACGCAUGGCAGUUGAUGGAGAACCAUGUGUGGAUACUCAAGCCCAGGUUCUUGCCUACCGCUCCCUUGCUGGACAGAGGUCGGACUGCCCUGAUUGGGUGACCCCCUUGCAUCCAGCUGCAUGAUUGUAAAUACAUCCAAGUUGUGUGUACCUUAUGUUCCCUUGGGUAACAACCUUGUUCAGUAUGGUAAUUUGUACGGAUAUAGAUAAUUUUAGCUACUCUAGCUGUUUUGUACCGUAAUAAGAUAGUAUAGUGCUGCUGUAGCUGAGGUGUAUUGCAAUAAGUUGCUGUUGUUACUUUGUACCACUAUGUAAUCCUGGGAAUGUGUAUGUAAACUAAGUUGCUCUGUGCUUCGAGCGUUUGAACUUGCCACUUCGUGCUACACUAUGUAAAUAUGUAAUCCUGGAAGGCCACAAAGGUGUGUUUACUAA